AUGGAGGUCAUUGAGCGGAUCAAUUGCGACAAGACUCGGGGCGAUGCCGAGCUGCGGGGACAAGACAAGACGGAAGCACUGAUUGCCAUGGCGCUGACACAGGUCUUCGACUACAUGGUCAGGUACGGGGUUGCAUAUGGCUACGUUGCUGCCGGCGAGUCUUUGUUGUUCCUCCAUGUCGACCGAGCUGACCCGCUGACGCUGUAUUGUCAUCCGUGCAUGCCCGAUGAAGACGUAGGCGAGGCGUCGACUAAGGAUUGGGCCGACAAGGUGUCCCACACCGCAGUGGCUCAACUGGCCAGCUUCUGCCUGUUGAGUCUCCGAUCCGAAGCUCUUCAGGGAGCUUCACUCGACGUGGCGUUGCAGAAGGCCGAGGGAACCCUGAGAAAGUGGAGGGAUCCGUACGAGGAUGCGGCGCGUCUUCUAGAGGCAGAGGAUAUGAAUUCAUCUUCCGCGUCGUCGUCGCAAGCAACAGAAGGCUCGGAGUUUAUGUCCAACGCGGGCCCGACCGGUCGAGACAUCUCCUUGCGUUCCAAGUCGUCCUGCCGGGCAGCGGCAGUGCUUCGCCGGGACGGAGAGGACGAAGAAGAGGACGGGCCGGAUGGCGGCAUAUCCCGGUCUCGGACAGGGACGGACGCCAGCAAGCGGAAGGAAGGUCCGUCGAGCGGCAGCUCCGAGGACGAUGAUGCCGAGAUGUCCGAUUCGGUACCCGCCAGGCAAUACUGCACGCAAGCCUGCCUGCUGGGCCACAAGAGAAGCUGGGAUCUCGACGGCAACUGCCCUAACGUGCUCUCGCAUCGUACCGCCGAAGGCGGCACCCGGCACCCCAUCGACGCCGACGAGUUCGCCCGCCUAGUGGGCGAGCGGUUACGACAGAACCCGUACCGAGACUGCAGGGCUUUGAACGGUUGGGGCAAGAUGGGAGCAAUAGGCGUGCUCUUCAAGCUGGAGCUUUCGCCGUACGGCUACACGUUUGUCGGCAAGGGGACGCUACAUGCCUACGUGGAAGGAUUGAAAAGUCUAGAGCGUGCCGCCCAGAGGGAGUGA